GUUCACGGUCUCGCGAGAAGCUCUCUGCGACUAUAAAAGCCAGAUCAGAUCCUCAUUCUGGAAAGUUGACUAAGCGCAGCUGACAGGAAACCUAUCUUCCGGAUAUAAAGACAUAACAACGGUGAGAAAUAUGCCUCCUGUGGAAAUACUGAACGAGAAUGUGGUUACUCGAGUAGCCAAUCUCCCGCUGGUGAGCUCCACCUAUGGCAUGGUGUCAGACCUGUACAGUAACACCAAAGACAACCAUCCUACCAUCAAGUCUAUGUGCGAGGCAGCAGAAAUGGGAGUAAAAACCAUCACUUCAGCGGCCCUCACCAGCGCCUUGCCAAUUAUUGGCAAGUUGGAACCUCAAAUCUGUCUGGCUAAUGACCUUGCCUGUAAAAGUCUGGAUAAAAUUGAGAAGACUCUGCCAAUCCUUCACCAACCUUCUGGACAGCUCGUAAGCAGUGCUAAAGACCGGGUCACUGAAACCAUGAACGGGGCCAAGGAGACCAUGUCUAAUACCCUGAGCCAUGUGAUGGUCCGCACCAGAGGAGUAGUGCAGGGGAGCAUGGAGAAGACAAAGAUAGUUGUCACUGGUGGUGUCCACACAGUGAUGGAGAGCAAAGUGGCAAAGCUGGUGAGCAGCGGUGUGGACACUGCUCUGAGCACUUCUGAGAUUCUGGUAGAGCGCUAUCUACCUGCACCUGAGGACAGCCAAGAACAAGAGAUAAAAGUGACCGAAGGUUUUGAUGAUCAGACCAAUGAACCCAGCUACUAUGUGCGCCUGGGAUCGAUCUCAACCAAGCUGCGACAAAGGGCGUACCAGAAAGCUAUCAGCAAGGUUCAUGAUGGCAAGAAAAAGAGCCAAGAAUCCAUCUCUAAGCUGAACCGCACCAUGGAUCUGAUUGAAUACACAAGAAAGAACAUUGAUGGUGCCAACCAGAAGCUGUUUGUUAAAUUUAGCGUGUUAAUGGACUGGAAGUCUACAUCUCAGAGUGAUGGUGACACAGACAACAAGGCAGAGCUAAUUGAGUCUCGGACCUUGGCCAUUGCUCGCAACCUGACACAGCAGCUACAGACGACUUGUUUGACCCUGGUGUCCAACCUCCAGGGCCUACCACAAAACAUCCAAGAGCAAACACUGUCCAUUGGCCACAUGGCCAUGGAUGUCUACAACAGGUUCAACAAUGCUGCAGCUCUGAACGACUUGUCUGACACAGUGCUAGUAAACACUCGCGUUCAGCUGAAGCGCAUGAGAGAUUCCAUUGACAAUGUGAUGGAUUAUUUGGUCAACAACACACCACUCAACUGGCUGGUGGGUCCAUUUUAUCCGCACACAGAACCGACUAAAAAACCAAGGAGCAAGUCCAGUGAAGAAAGCAGCCUUCAGCCUGAAGUGGCAAUGCAGCCACUCAAUCAAGAACAUUAGUUUAGCAACACUGUCUAUGCGCUGUCUUCUGAAUUUCUGAUAAGACUUGUUUUUCUUGAUAUCUUGAUGCUGAUAAUGUUCAUUCUUGACAAAAUAAAAUACUACUCAUUCUA